UGUAAAUGUUAUUUUUAUAGAUGAUGGAAACUGAAGAAACAAAGCAAUCGCCGUUGCAAGAUGGUCAUGAUUUGGUUAUAAAUGAAGGGCAGAGAAAAAGAACCGAAAGGAACUUGAAAGGUGACACGAACUAUUUCUGUAUGUCGGAUCACCUCGCCGAUGUCUGGUUUGCUUUCAAAGACGACACUUAUAAACUUCCAGCGCACAAACUUCUUCUAAGCAUGCGCAGUGAGGUUUUUGAAGCCACGUUUUACGGGUCUCUAGCAGAAAGUUCAGAUACAAUCAUGCUUGAAGAUAUUGACAGUAGUACGAUGAAAAUGGUUUUACGGUAUAUGUACUCGGAUGAUAUUGAACUGGAUGUCAAUAACGUUUCUUGCUGUCUUUAUGCUGCUAAAAAGUAUGCCUUGUAUGAUAUGGCAAACAAAUGUGCGAAAUUUUUGGAGACCAAAAUCGGCAUUGACACUGCUUGUACCAUUUAUGAACAAGCAAAACUUUAUGACGAGGCCCAGCUUGCAACACAAUGCAUUGAUUUUAUUACUGGCAAUUCAGAGGAGGUCUUUAUAUCCAAAGAUUUCCAUACACUUGCUUUUGAAAGUGUUUUGGAAAUCGUCAAAAACGACAAUCUCUGCAGCGAUGAAUCUUUCAUUUUCGCAGCAGUUAAAGGAUGGGGAGAGUCUGAAUGUAUAAGAAAAGGCUUAGAGGUCUCAUCAGAAAACCUAAGAGCAUGUAUCGGUGAAAUAAUAUUCAUGAUUCGAUUUCCCCUGAUGCCAAUUGAUGUGUUCGCGAAAGAAGUCGAGCCAACUGGAAUCCUUACAACUGAAGAACUAUUGAUGAUAUACCACCACUUGGCUGUUAAAACAGAUGACCAAGAAGUACAGAAUGUUGGAAAGUUCUCAAGUAGUAAGAGAGUUAUAAUAAAGAGGUUCGACAAGAUGCCUUUGAAUCCCUAUUAUCAGGAGUGUGUUCUUGCUCUGAGCGUCUCAAAAACUAUACAUCUUGUUGCCAUACACGGGGACUUUGUACCUCAUGUGGACAAGGUGAACUUUUCUCUGAAAGAAAAUGAAUGUGAAUUCGAUACAAAAGGAGAAAAACUCAUACUGCGUGAACCAAUAAUAAUUUCUGCUCGUUUUGGAAAGGCCCAGAUACGUUUUCAUAUGAACUCAAGUGACGGGCUUAAUUCUGAUAAAACUAAAUGGUCAGCAGCAAAGGUGAAUAUUUCAAGCGAAAUGAAAAGUUCUACUGUCUACAUUAGUCGCAUUCCAUGCACGUUACGUGCACUGGUGUUCAAGGAAACAUGACAUAAAAAGCUGAUUUGUGGUCACCACGAUUUAUAACUUUAUAAUUGAAAUAGCAGGUCACUAAACACAUUAGGAAGAAAUACUAUCUGACAUUGACAUUUCAAGUUAGAAAAAAAACUAUUGAAAAAGUUAUUUACGCAUAAGUAUAAUCUUGACCUCAAAGGAGCCAUUUUUUACAUUUCAAAUACGCCAUUAACAGACAUUUAAAGAUUACAAACUAAUGGAUAUUCUAAAUUUAGAAUAAUUUGGUUUGCUUCUGAUUAUUUUCCUUAAGGAAUUAUCCAAGAUAUGCAAACAAAAAGAAUGGCUUUGUUUAAGCAAUAGACAACAGUAUUUAUAAAUGGUUACACACUCUUGCCAAGCAGGUCCGUAUUCAUCAAAUCCAAAUUUUCAUAACAAGAAUCUACAUGGUAAAAGUGUUUUAUAUUUUCAGAACUUGUUUAUAUAUAUCUGAAGAUGUUUUUGAUUUAAGUUUAUUAGACUACCUUCAAAUAAAAAUGUGUUUAAGUGGUUGGAAAAAAAUGUGUCAUGUUUGAGCCUGUGAAAAGGGAGUCUAUUUUACGCACAUGCAUUUAUUUUAAAUAAAAAUUGUAAAACGCAAUGAUUACUUAAUAAUAAAAAUUACUUUGUAAAAUGUAUAGGUCAAUAAUGGAAACAAAAACAUAGACAAUUUCUGCAAAAACAUAUUAUUCCUCUAAAUACGGCAUGGUGAUUAAAAAAUGGGUAAAAUGCAAAGAAGGGGAAUAAAAGAUAUGAAUAAUAGCAUCUGUCGUAUGUUGCGGUUCAGAUCGGAAUAUCCGUACGAAGAGGACCCGCCCAUUAUCGGGUUCACGAUGGACAGGUAUUCCGAUCUGAACCGCAAACAUAUGUCAGAUAUUUUUCUUGCAUAUUCUGCCAUGUUCCAUCAUAUGUUAAAUUCUUUACCCUAAUAAAACAAUUUUCCAUGGAAAUUUAUGUAAAUCUAACAGAAACAACAGUCUGGUGCACCAUGCACUCAUCGGCUUAGGUUCACCUUUUUGGUUAACCGUAUAAACUUCAAUUCGAACAAAUUUAUAAUAUAUUGAAACUUUAUAAUUAUUUGAAUGCACCUAUAUGAGUUUUACAUGUGUUCAAACGAUGAAAGGCCAAAGACACUGUGACCUGUGAUAGGUAAUAGGUUAAUCUCAAUUUUCUCAGACACUAAACUUUAUAAUUUAUUUCAAUGUUAAUUUCUUAAAUAUAUCUACAUCUAUUUAACAUUGAUAUCAUUGAUUGAACAUUUCCGAAGUGUUACAAAAUAAAGGAAUAUAGUACUUUAUAUUACAUUCUACAUUCUUUGACACAUCGGCUGCAAAUGAAUUGCUGAAGAAAUAUUUCAAAUUUACGCACCAGUGACCUCCUUCUUGAGUGUUAUGGCUGAUUGUGUAAUAGACGAAUUAUCCGGCAUUGUGUCAAGUUACUAAGCUAUACGAACAAUAAUUCAAUAUUUGCAAACUUAAUGCCGAGAGGAAAUUAAUUGCACACGGGCAAACUUGAAUAAAUAAAAUAUCACGAGACAACAUCAACAAGUUAUGAAGCGAACCAACGAAGUUUCAGAUGAUCACUAAGGAUAGGAUCAACAAAAACACAUUGACACUAUGAUGAUGAUGUCUAAAGGAAAAAAUACAGAGGAAACUCAUAUCAUCACUUCCAAUUAGGCCUAGGUGUGUACAAAGAAAUUUAAGAGAAUAAAAAGGUCAGCUCACAGAAACAUUGUGGACAGCUCAAAUUAUCAACAUCAAGAUUGAUUUGGCGAGUUCAGAUGAUUGGUCACAAACAGAUGAUGUUUAAAAAAUUAGUUGAUAUGUGCAAGGCAAAUGCAUUGGAAGUGUGAGAUUAUAUGUACAUUGAAAUACGAGUAUAGAGAAAAACUAAAAAUGUAGUUAAAUAGGAAACCAAGAAAUAAAUCAGACGUACAUUUUAAAUAAAUAUAGUAUGAAAUUAUAAACAUGGGCUCUACGCUUGCAAUUGACGAGAAAGAAAAAUAGUGAAAUUCAUAGACAAAUGAGACAAACAAACAAUUUCGCCUUUCCUCUCAAAAUAUAUGUAUUUUACAAUAACGACACUGAUAGUUAGACGUUUCAUUUUUACAUGUACAGAUAAUAGUGUUUUUCUGACGUAUAGCACUAUAGUUGUUGGAACAUUCAUGAUAACAUUUUGGUAUUUCACCCCAUUGUUUCCCUUGAAAGAUAGAGGAUUACAAUUUUGUUUUCUGAUUGCACAGUGUUUAGUCAGAUAUGUACACACUUUUCCAUUUGGUACUAGCGCGUCGUGGAGUGACACAGGGAAUCGGCAGAACGACAGGUGAAACCCAAUUUUGUUUUCACACUUCGGUAGAUCCAACUUUGUAUUUACCUCCGAUCCUAAAACUUGGAAAGCAGCUGCUGAUGCUGAUAGAAAACAGGGGGACGGGCCUUACACAGUGUUUGGGACGACGAGUAAGGGUGUCAGGAUUCCAAGCUCCUUACACACAGAGACGUCUUAAAGGCGGGGUCUUACAAAGUAGGUGGCAUUACAGCCACCAUCAGGGCUAUCUUAACUUUCCGUCAAUUUUCAGAUUGUAUAAUCUGUUUGAGGACUGGGGAGCGGACCCAGCCCGGAUUGUUAUGCUCGGACUGGAUGCUGCAGGAAAGACAACUGUGCUGUACAAAAUCAAGUUGAAUGAAACAGUUACUACCAUUCCUACUAUUGGUUUUAACGUAGAAACUGUCACUCCUGUGAAGGGUUUACAGUUUACUGUAUGGGAUAUUGGAGGCCAAGGAAAAAUAAGACCUUUGUGGAAACGGUACACGGAAAAUUCUGAAGGUUUGAUAUAUGUAGUGGACAGCGCUGAUAGAGAGCGGAUGUCAGAGGCCCGUGAAGAGUUGUUUGGUAUUCUAGAAGGGGAAGAAAUGAGAGGCGUGCCCGUGUGUAUUAUUGCUAAUAAACAAGAUCUGCCAAAUGCAAUGAGUCCUUCAAAAGUAAUUGAGGAAUUACACUUGCAGAAGCUAACAGGCCGGAAAUGGUAUAUCCAAGCUGCGUGCGCAACUACCGGGGAAGGAAUAUAUGAAGGAAUGGAACACCUUGCAACAAUGGUUAAAGAAUUCAAACACAACAAUCGAUUUUAGAAGAAGCACCGACACAGCUUUUAUUAAAAUGAGACAGUUGACCUUAUGGGGUCAAUCAAGAUGGUGUUUGAAAUCAAUAACAUCUAAGCCAGGGGUUCUACGUAACUUGAUACUAAACGUUCGUGGAAUUAAGAUGUUUGGUGUUCUCAAAUGGUUAUCGGCUAAUAUCACGCCGAAUAAAAAUCAUUUGACCUCUUUGUCAUCUCGAACAAAUAUGAUAAAGUUUAUACAAUUUGACACAUUGUUGGUGUCUAUUUUAGCCAUAUGUUUAGAGAGGUUACACGGGAUGUGCAAUUCUGGACUUAUCCUAAAUCCUUGAACUGGUAUAGUGUACUCGAAUCCAUUGUUGAUUUUUUUUUCCGAACAAUAGCCUUUACUACAAAGCUUUUACUUUUACAUUUUGUGGUUUUUUGUCAUCUUGCAAAGGAAAUGAUAGUUCAGUCACAUAAGUACAUUCAAGUACUUUAUCAGGCUUGACGAUAUGUUUUGAUAGUAUGGACCUUUGUUGUGUAUUUAUGAUGAGAUCAGAUAAUGAUAUUGCUUUAUUUAAUGUAAAUGUUAUACUUCUAGUUGUUCUUUUUUUCACAUCAUAUACAAAGAGUUUUAUUAGUAUCAAAGUAAUAUUAUACUAGUAGUUGUACAUCAUUUAUUUAAGUACUUUUUUACAUUGUUAGUAUUUCCUCUGUUACAUGUUGUAAAUAGUGACAUUAUUUUAAUGUUGAUUUUGCUGUUACUGUUGUUGUUGUUGUUGUUUAUUGCUGAAUAAUUUAUAAAUAAAUAUAUUUUUAUACCUUUUUAGAUAAGUUAUUUUCAGUAUAUCUUGUAUGUGGCGCCGUUUUAUGUCGCAAUGGCGCUAAUUGUCGCUAAAUGUCGCACCAUUGUCGCAAAAUGCCAUAACUGCCGUUGAAUGUCGCAAAAUCUUCUGCCAUAAAAUUUCGCAAUGUUAACUGUCACAUGAUUUUCCCCUGCCAUUUAAUGUCGCAACAUUACCGUUUGAUGUCGUAAGGUGUAAAUUCAUGAUAAAAUUAAGUGAGCUAGUGGUUCUAAAUCGAAAUAAACAUGUCUGUACAUAUU